GGGCGGUGCGGCCGUGGCUGCCUGGCGCUGGGCUGGGCGGCGCUUUUUUUUUUUUCGCAAUUUCCACUCGCGGGGAGCAGGAAACCCGGCGCAGCCGGGCGCAGCGGGCCGCGAUGCAGCAGCAGCAGCAGGAGUCGCCCCGGGGCAGCAGCGGCAGCAGCAGCAGAGGCAGCAGCGGGCGGCGCUGAGCCGCCGCGGCCGCCGCUACUGAGGAGGAAGCCGGCCCAGCCGCCGCCGCGUCCCGACCCCCGCACCCCGAUCCCGGCUCCCCGACCCCCGCGGCCCGAUCCCGGCGCCCCGACCCCCGCUCCCGCCUCCGCCAACUUUCACGCUGCCUCGGCGGCCCGGCCCGGCUCGACGCCAAUGGUGGAGGCCAUAGUGGAGUUUGACUACCAGGCCCAGCACGACGAUGAGCUGACGAUCAGUGUGGGUGAAAUCAUCACCAACAUCAGGAAGGAGGAUGGAGGUUGGUGGGAGGGCCAGAUCAACGGCCGGAGAGGUUUGUUCCCUGACAACUUUGUAAGAGAAAUAAAGAAAGAGAUGAAGAAAGACCCUCUCUCUAGCAAAGCUCCAGAAAAGCCCCUGCACGAAGUGUCCAGCGGAAAUGCUUUGCUGUCUUCUGAAACAAUCCUAAGAACCAAUAAGAGAGGCGAGCGACGGAGGCGCCGGUGCCAGGUGGCGUUCAGCUACCUGCCCCAGAAUGAUGACGAGCUUGAGCUGAAAGUUGGCGACAUCAUAGAGGUGGUAGGAGAGGUAGAAGAAGGAUGGUGGGAAGGCGUUCUCAAUGGCAAGACUGGGAUGUUUCCUUCCAACUUCAUCAAGGAGCUGUCGGGGGAGUCGGAUGACCUCGGCAUUUCCCAGGAUGAGCAGCUCUCCAAGUCAAGUUUAAGGGAAACCACAGGCUCCGAGAGUGAUGGGGGUGACUCGAGCAGUACCAAAUCCGAAGGUACCAACGGGACAGUGGCAACUGCAGCAAUCCAGCCGAAGAAAGUUAAGGGAGUGGGCUUUGGAGAUAUUUUCAAAGACAAGCCUAUAAAACUAAGACCAAGGUCAAUUGAAGUUGAAAAUGACUUUCUACCAGUGGAAAAGACUAUUGGAAAGAAGUUACCUCCAACCACAGCAACUCCAGACUCAUCAAAAACAGAAAUGGACAGCAGAACAAAGAGCAAGGAUUACUGCAAAGUAAUAUUUCCAUACGAGGCACAGAAUGACGAUGAAUUGACAAUCAAAGAAGGAGAUAUAGUCACUCUCAUCAAUAAGGACUGCAUCGACGUAGGCUGGUGGGAAGGAGAGCUCAACGGCAGACGAGGAGUGUUCCCUGAUAACUUCGUGAAGUUACUUCCACCCGACUUUGAAAAAGAGGGCAAUAGACCCAAGAAGCCACCUCCUCCAUCCGCUCCUGUUAUCAAGCAAGGGGCAGGUACCACUGAGAGAAAACAUGAAAUUAAAAAGAUACCUCCUGAAAGACCAGAAACGCUUCCAAACAGAACAGAAGAAAAAGAAAGACCAGAGAGAGAGCCAAAACUGGACUUACAGAAGCCUUCUGUCCCUGCCAUACCGCCAAAAAAGCCACGGCCACCCAAGACCAAUUCUCUCAGCAGACCGGGCGCGCUGCCCCCGAGGAGGCCCGAACGACCAGUGGGUCCCAUGACCCACACCAGGGGCGACGGUCCAAAGAUUGACUUGGUGGGCACUUCGAUAUCCGGCAUCCUGGACAAGGAUCUCUCAGACCGCAGCAAUGACAUCGACCUAGAAGGUUUUGACUCCGUGGUGUCAUCUACUGAGAAACUCAGUCACCCAACCACAAGCAGACCAAAAGCCACAGGGAGGCGGCCUCCGUCCCAGUCCCUCACAUCCUCUUCCCUUUCAAGCCCUGAUAUCUUUGACUCCCCAAGUCCUGAGGAAGAAAGAGAGGAGCACGUUUCGCUUGCACACAGAGGAGUGGACGCGUCAAAGAAAACUUCAAAGACUGUUACCAUAUCCCAAGUGUCUGACAACAAAGCAUCCCUGCCGCCCAAGCCAGGGACCAUGGCUGCAGGUGGUGGUGGCGGGGCAGCCCCUCUGUCCUCGGUGGCACCCUCCCCCCUGUCGUCCUCUUUGGGAACAGCCGGACACAGAGCCAACUCCCCGUCUCUGUUCGGCACGGAAGGAAAACCAAAGAUGGAGCCUCUGGCCAGCAGCCAGGCAGCCGUGGAGGAGCUGAGGACGCAGGUCCGAGAGCUGAGGAGCAUCAUCGAGAGCAUGAAGGACCAGCAGAAACGAGAGUUUAAGCAGUUACUGUCGGAGUUGGAUGAAGAGAAGAAAAUCCGGCUUCGGUUGCAGAUGGAAGUUAAUGACAUAAAGAAAGCUCUUCAAUCAAAAUGAAUACUUGAUAAAUGAAAUGUUGCAUUAUUCAUCCUGAGUCCAAGACUCAAAUUUUCUGCCCCAGCCAAAAUAACCUUGUGCCAAAAGAUUAAAGGUUUGCCUCAACAUGUCCCUGUUUGAAAGAUUAGCACAAAAGUCUUGAUAGCACAACACAAGUUCCAUCCAAGAGGAGACUCUUCCCCAUGGUAUAGUCCUGGGUCUGGCACUGGUUGUGACUUAGAGCAAAUUGUGCUAAAGGCUUUUUUACUAUGAGAUCUCAUGCGAAACGAAAACUCAGGCAGUUUAGUCCAUAGUGGUACUAUUUUGAUGAUAUUUUCCAUUAAUAAAAUGUAAUUUCAGAUUA